AUGAUUGAUUACGAGACACUCAACCACAUUACGAAGGCAUCAUUCAUCUCCAGUCAUCGCUCACACUUUCAACUGACACAUCACGGUGGUCUCAAGCCGGCCAGUAUUACAACGAAACUGCGGGUGGUUUUCAAUGGCUCUAGCGCAUCCACAUCAGGCUACCCGGUCAACUACCUCAUGUACACUGGAGCAAAGCUACAUCUGAACAUCUUGGAUGUUCUACCUAGGAUACGUAGACAUCGUCACAUUUUCGCUACGGACAUCACCAAAAUGGACAGACCGAUUCAGAUUCACAAGGAUGACUGGGAGUUACAGCGGAUACUCUGGAUGGACAAUCAGCUCAAUGAGGUGCCAUAUCAUUCAACAACGGGCACUUACGGGAAGAAGGUCGUACCAUUCUCAGCCGUACGGACCUUGCUACAAUUAACAGAAGACGAAGGACAUAGUUUCCCACUGGCUGUGCCGGUGAUCACUCACGGCAGGUAUGUCACUGAUAUAUUUGGUGGUGCUGAUACGAUUCAACAAUUGCAGGAGGUCGCACAACAACUAAGGGGCCUCUGCAUGGCGGGCGGCUUCCCACUAUCAAAAUGGCAUGCAACUCAUCUCGACAUACUCAAGACUGUCAUCGACAGCGAAGACCAAGGCUUAUCAAUCACAUUCGACGACUGCGCAACCAAGAUACUCGGACUACAAUGGCUCCCUCAACAAGAUACCUUUACAUUCUCAACACGAAGCUCACGCACGGAAGGCAGAAUCACAAAACGCCUCGUCUUAUCUGAAGUGGCUCAGAUAUUCGAUCCACUUGGCUUUGCAUCACCUGUCGUGAUCAAGGCCAACAUUCUCUUGCAGGAGCUGUGGCAGAACAAGCUCCAAUGGGAUGACCCACUGCCAUCCCAGCUCUCAACCCGGUGGCUCUGCAUCAGAGAAGAACUCACAAGCCUGGCCAGGCUCUCAAUACCUCGGUGGCUCAAUACGUGGAGCGACUCGCAAGUGGAACUUCAUGGAUUCCCUGAUGCCUCUCAAUUGGCAAUGGCUGCAGCCGUAUACAUAUCCGUUCACGACUCAAACGGCGCCACGUUCUCACUUGUGUGCUCCAAGACUAAGGUAGCACCCCUCAAGCGGCUCUCAAUCCCGCGACUUGAACUCACAGCCGCUCUACUGCUCUCUCGACUCUUGCAAUACGUCGAAGCCACUUUGAACAUGGACGUAACGGCAACGCAUAUGUGGACGGACUCUCUAGUGACACUCUCGUGGAUCAGAUCUCAUGCAUCACGCUGGAAGGAUUUCGUCAGGAGCAGGGUGGCUCAAAUUCAAGAACUCACUCCAGCCGCUCACUGGAGAUACAUUCCUGGAACUUCUAAUCCG